GUUGUUUCCCCUUCCUUUUAGAUUAAAAGCAAUGCCAGAAAGGUUUAAAAAUGGUGUUUUCAGUGUCUCUGUUUGCGGUCAGGAGAUUGAGCAAGUGUCAAGAGAAGGUAGUCAAUACAGCCUUUCCAAUGCCCUUCUUCCUUCCCUUGGAGCUAGAAGUAAUCGCAGAGUUAAGCUGCGUUGGUUCAUUAUUUCUCCUUAUGACCGUCGUUACAGAGCCUGGGAGACCUUUCUGGUUGUUCUUGUUAUAUACACUGCUUGGGUAUCUCCAUUUGAAUUUGGAUUCCUUCAAGGACCAAGGGGAGCUCUUGCAAUUACUGAUAACAUAGUUAAUGGAUUCUUCGCCGUCGAUAUUAUGCUGACCUUUUUCGUUGCCUUCCUUGAUAAAACUACUUACCUCCUAAUUGACAACCCAAAGCAGAUUGCUUGGAAGUAUGCACGCACCUGGUUUGCCUUUGAUGUCAUAUCCACAAUCCCCUCAGAAGUUGCCCGGAGGGUAUUGCCUUCAUCUAUUGAGUCUUAUGGCUUCUUUAACAUGCUUCGUUUAUGGCGUCUCCGAAGAGUUGGUUCCCUUUUUGCCAGAUUGGAGAAAGACAGGCAUUUCAAUUACUUCUGGGUUCGCUGUGCAAAACUAAUCUGUGUAACGCUCUUUGCAGUUCACUGUGCUGGGUGCUUUUAUUAUCUUCUUGCUGCACGUUACCAUGAUCCAAAAAACACAUGGAUUGGAGCAUCUUAUAGUAAUUUUCUUCAGACAAGCCUUUGGAUACGGUAUGUGACAUCAAUAUACUGGUCCAUCACCACGCUCACAACUGUUGGAUACGGUGAUUUGCAUGCUCAGAAUACAAGGGAGAUGAUCUUUGACAUAUUUUACAUGCUUUUCAACCUUGGAUUGACAGCAUAUCUUAUUGGAAAUAUGACCAACUUGGUCGUCCAUGGGACCAGUAGAACUAGAAAAUUUAGGGAUACUAUUCAAGCGGCAUCAAAUUUUGCUCAACGUCACCAACUCCCAACACGCCUGCAGGAGCAGAUGCUUGCACAUUUGUGUUUGAAGUUCAGAACAGACUCAGAAGGACUGCAGCAGCAAGAGACUCUUGAUGUCCUGCCGAAAGCCAUCCGAUCAAGUAUAUCACAUUUUCUUUUUUAUUCUCUUGUUGACAAGGUGUACUUGUUCCGUGGUGUAUCGAAUGACUUGCUCUUUCAGCUGGUCUCUGAGAUGAAAGCCGAGUAUUUUCCCCCCAAGGAAGAUGUGAUCUUGCAGAAUGAAGCACCAACAGACUUUUACAUACUGGUUACUGGUUCCGUGGAUCUUGUGGUACUAAAGAAUGGACUGGAACAGGUUGUCGGAGAGGCAAAGACUGGUGAUAUCUUUGGUGAGAUUGGGGUUCUUUGCUACAGGCCGCAGCUGUUCACUGUUCGCACUAAGCGAUUAAGUCAGUUGCUGCGGUUGAACCGAACUGUAUUUUUGAAUAUAGUUCAGGCUAAUGUUGGAGAUGGGACCAUAAUCAUGAACAAUCUCCUUCAGCAUUUGAAGGAGCUGAAGGACCCAGUGAUGCAAGUAGUUCUAACAGAGACAGAGAACAUGCUAGCUCGGGGUAGAAUGGACCUUCCACUCAGUCUAUGCUUUGCAGCGGGUAGAGGAGACGAACUAUUGUUGCAUCAGUUACUGCGAAAGGGGUUGGAUCCAAAUGAAUCUAAUGGCAGUGGGCGCAGUGCUCUGCAUAUAGCAGCAUCAAAAGGAUAUGAAAACUGUGUCCUACUCCUACUGGACUAUGGAGCUGACCCUAAUAGUAAAGAUUUAGAAGGAAAUGUUCCACUGUGGGAGGCAAUAAGAGAAAAACAUGAAUCAGUGAUCAAACUUCUUGUCAACAAUGGUGCAAACAUCUAUUCUGGUGAUGUGGGUCAGUUUGCUUGUACUGCUGUUGAACAAAAUGACUUGAACUUGCUCAAGGACAUUGUAAGAUAUGGAGGAGAUGUAAAACUGCCUAAGAGCAAUGGAUCUACUGCACUUCAUAUUGCAGUUUGUGAAGGGAAUAAUGAAAUAGUUGAGUUCCUCUUGAACCAUGGAGCUGACAUUGAUAGGCCUGAUGCCCAGGGUUGGACCCCAAGGAGUCUAGCAGAUCAGCAGGGCCACGAAGAGAUAAAAGUUUUCUUCCAAUCCAGACAAGAGACUCGUGACCAAUCCUCCAUUAAUGUUUCUGAGCAGCCCAGGGUGUGUUUUCUUGGUAGAUUUACAAGUGAGCCAGCUCUUCGCCCAUUAUCUGAAGAAGGUACAACCACUCCAACUGAGGUUCCAUGGAGGGAUAAUCGUCGAAGGCGCAAGUCUAACAACUUCCACAACUCACUGUUUGGGAUCAUGUCAGCUGCCCAUGCAAGUGAAAGAUUCAUACCUUCACCUGUUGGCCAUUCUACAGGCACUAAUAGGAACCCUGGGUAUUACUCUGCACGAGUCACAAUUAGUUACCCUGUAACUGGUGGUGUCACCAGAAAGCUCAUUCGCCUGCCAGAGUCCUUUCCAGAGUUGCUUGAUAUCUGUACUCAGAAAUUUGGGUUCAGACCCACAAAAAUCCUAACUAGUGAUGGUGCUGAAAUUGAUGAGAUUGAGCUCAUUAGAGACUCUGACCAUCUUGUUCUCAUUGGUGAUGAUGGCUAAAACCUCUUGUCCAUGUAUACUUGGUUGAGGCUAACAUAUGAUUUUCUGUCACUUGUUACCCUGAGGAUUACUUUGUAAAGCACUUGGGCUUGGGCUGAACAAGAUUAUCAUAGUGAACAGAGGAGUGGAAAAAACAGAAGCAGCGACGAUGGCUGAAGAAGUGAAAAGU